AUGGCACAGGCAACCGCCCCCAAGCUCUACGACGUGCUCAUCGUCGGCGGCGGGCCCGCGGGGCUCGCCAUGGCCGUCGGGCUCGCGCGCCAGGUCUACUCGGCGCUCGUCCUCGACUCGGGCGAGUACCGCAACGCGCGCGCCGCACACAUGCACACCGUCCCGGGCUUCGACCACGCGAGCCCCGCGUCCUUCCGCGACAAGAUCCGGCGGGACCUGCGGGAGCGGUACGCAUCGGUCGAGUUUCGCAGCGCGACGGUCACGCGCCUGCGCAGGAUACAACGAGCUCCUGCUUCUCAAUCACCAUCAGCGGCCUCUGACACCGUCGCUGCCGCUAAUGGAGCUACAAGCGACGGGAAGGAUGCCGCAAGCGGGGGAGAGUGGCUGUUCGAAGCAACGGACGAGCAGGGCAGCGUCUACACGGGCCGUAAAAUUGGCCUCGGGACGGGCGUGCGGGACGUGUUCCCCAGGGACAUACCCGGCUACGACGAGUGCUGGGGCAGGGGCAUCUUCCACUGCAUGUUCUGCCAUGGGUUCGAGGAGCGGGGCGCCGAGUCGGCGGGCGUGCUGGCCGGCGGGAUGAUGGCCUCGGCGGACAUGCUCGCGCACAUUGCGCCCAUGGUGAAGCGCCUGGCGCGCUCCGUCACCGUGUACACCAACGGUGACGAGGACCUCGCGGCCGCGACGCGGGGCAAGCUACACAGCGGGAAGAUUCGUUUCGACACGCGGCGCAUCGCCCGCGUGGCGCUCGCACACCCGCCGAAGCUGCACCACCACCAUCAUCAUCAUCAGGACGAGGAGGAAGACAGCAGCAGCAGCAACGACGCAGCCAGCACGGCAGUGACGCUGCACUUCGAAGACGGCACCAGCGCGACGGAGGGCUUCGUCGCGAACCACCCCGCGGUGGAGCAGCGCGCGGGCAACCUGGUCGCGGAGCUGGGCCUGCAGGUCGGCGCGGCGGGGGAGGUGCGCGUGCGGGCCGGGCCGGGCAACGAGGCGGAGGGCGUGGACGGGUGCUUCGUGGCGGGGGACAUGGCGACGCUGAUGCGUAGCGUCGUCAAGGCGCUGGAGAUGGGGACGUUUGCGGCGGCGGGACUGGUGGCGGCGAUGAAUGCGGAGCUGGAUGCGAGGGAUGAGCUGUGA